AUGAGAUCCACCCACCUUUGCAGACAUCCCUGGAGACAAGUCUGUGACCUUGCACUUCAUUUGGUGACUCUCAGUCCAUUCUGGAAGGUGGGAAGAGAGUCAGCCAGCAGCAUUAAAGCCCUACUGUGUGGCGGGGGAGAAGCUAGGGCCUUUGAUGAUAUUGCCAAAUACUUCUCUAAGAAAGAGUGGGAAAAGAUGAAAUGCUCGGAGAGAAUCAUCUCUGUGUAUAUGAAGAGAAAGUAUGAGGCCAUGAAUAAACUAGGUUUCAAGGUCACCCUCCCACCUUUCGUGCGUAAUAAACGGGCCGCAGACUUCCAGGGGAAUGAUUUUGAUAAUGACCGUAACCGCAGGAAUCAGGUUGAACGUCCUCAGAUGAGUUUCGGCAGGCUCCAGGGAAUCUUCCCGAAGAUCAUGCACAAUAAGCCAGCAGAGGAAGGCAAGGAUUCGAAGGGAGUGUCAGAAGCAUCUGGCCCACAAAACGAUGGGAAACAGCUGUGCCCCCCGGGAAAAGCAAAUACCUCUGAGAAGAUUAACAAGAAAUCUAGUGUACUUCAGAGAUAUUGCAGGUUCGGUUCCAAAACACUGCAAUAA